UUAAGCAUCAAAGCAAUGGAGAUGGAGAAGAAAGUUUUUGUUGUUGUUGUUCUAUCUUUUGCUCUAUUUUUGGGUGUAGCCCAGAGCUUGGAUAUCCAUGAAAAGGAUCUGGAAUCGGAAGACAGUCUCUGGGACUUAUACGAAAGGUGGAGAAGUCAUCACACGGUUUCUCGAGAUCUUUCGGAGAAACAAAGGCGUUUCAAUGUGUUCAAAGAGAAUGUCAAGAACAUUCAUGAGUUCAACAAAAAGGACGAACCCUACAAGUUGAAGCUUAACAAGUUUGGAGACAUGACCAACCAUGAGUUCAAGAGUACCUAUGCAGGCUCUAAAGUGAGGCACCACAGCAUGAUGCGAGGUGCUUCACGUGGGACUAGUGGCUUCAUGUACGAGAACGUCGAAAGCGUCCCAACUUCUAUUGAUUGGAGGACUAAAGGUGCCGUCACUCCUAUCAAGGAUCAAGGCCAAUGUGGUAGUUGUUGGGCUUUUUCGACUGUGGUUGGGGUUGAGGGUAUAAACCAAAUCAAAACCAAGAAAUUGGUCUCCUUAUCUGAACAGCAACUGGUGGAUUGUGACACAACUGUGAAUCAAGGUUGUAAUGGAGGACUCAUGGAUUACGCAUACGAUUACGUCAAGACAAAUGGAGGGCUUACCACAGAGCAAGGCUAUCCCUACACAGCCCAAGAUGGAACUUGUGAUUUGCAGAAGAGCAGUGCUCCUGUGGUGACAAUUAAUGGACAUCAAGAUGUUCCUGCUAACAACGAGAAUGCCUUGAUGCAAGCCGUCGCAAACCAACCUGUUUCUGUUGCCAUUGAAGCAAGUGGUUUUGCUUUCCAGUUCUACUCGGAGGGGGUGUUCACUGGAUCCUGUGGAACAGAAUUGGAUCAUGGAGUGGGGGUUGUUGGGUAUGGAACAGCUCUUGAUGGAACCAAGUACUGGAUCGUGAAGAACUCAUGGGGAUCAAGCUGGGGAGAAAAAGGUUAUAUUAGAAUGCAGAGAGGAAUCAAGGCCAGUCAUGGACUGUGUGGUAUAGCCAUGGAACCCUCUUAUCCCAUCAAAACCUCUGCUAAUCCUUCUGCUGCUGAGGAGGCUUCUUCCUCUCUCAAGGACGAACUCUGA